UUGACGCAUUCAUUCAUUCCAUUAAUGGAGUCAACAAUCCGCCACCGGUAGCUGUCUCAUUCACCUUCCUUUCCUUUUAGAGAGAGAAAACAAAACAAUCACCAACAAACUCACACACAGAAUCAUCAUCAUCAUCAUGCAUGUCGUACAUCCACCGAAGCUAUCCGAUGCCGCCGCCGCCGACCACUCGCCGGAGCUUCUCCGCACCUACCAGACAUGGAAAGGAAGCAACAUAUUUUUUCUUGGCGGAAGGUUUAUAUUUGGACCGGACGUGGGAUCUGUUUUCCUAUCGAUGUUUCUAAUAGUUGCCCCUGUUGCUGUUUUCUGUGCAUUUGUUGCAAGAAAGUUGAUUGAUGAUUUUUCUCAUAAUCUGGGAGUUUUGAUUUUGGUGGUGGCAAUUGUAUUCACAUGUUAUGUAAUAAUCCUUCUUCUAAUGACCUCUGGAAGAGACCCAGGUAUAAUUCCUAGAAAUGCACACCCUCCACAACCAGAAACUACAGAUCAGGGUAUAGAAGUCGGGCCUGGUCAAACUCCACAGUUACGUUUGCCUAGGGUUAAAGAAGUAGUGGUCAACGGGAUGACCGUUAAAGUCAAAUACUGUGAUACUUGCAUGUUGUAUCGACCUCCACGUUGUUCUCAUUGUUCAAUAUGUGACAACUGUGUGGAAAGAUUCGAUCAUCACUGUCCAUGGGUUGGACAGUGCAUUGGACGGCGUAACUACCGGUUCUUCUUCAUGUUUGUCUCCUCGGCAACUCUGCUGUGCAUUUACGUGUUCUCCUUUUGCUGGGUGUAUGCCAUAAGGAUCAUGCACAGUGAAAACACUUCAAUUUGGAGAGCAUUAAUCAAGACUCCUGCAUCAAUCGUGCUAAUAAUUUACACUUUUUUAGCAGUUUGGUUUGUUGGUGGCCUCACCAUCUUUCAUCUUUAUCUCAUCAGCACAAACCAGUCAACAUAUGAAAACUUUAGAUAUCGAUACGACAGAUCCGAAAAUCCAUACAACAGGGGCAUUUUUGGAAACUUCAUGGAGGUCUUCUGGACCAGCAUUCCUCCAUCUAAGAACAAUUUCAGGGCAUUGGUACCUAGAGAGCCUAAGCCUCCAACUAGAGUCAGCGGUGGCAGUUUUGUAAAUUCAGACAUACAGAAGGUUCCGAGCGACGUUGAAAUGGGUAGCAUGAAGCCUAUCCGAAAGAACGAGGCCACAGGCGGAGAUGACGGCGGCGCUGGUGGCGGCAGGCGGGCUAGCUUGGGGCGGAGCGGAAGCUGGGACCUGCAAAGUGAGAUUGCUUCAAUUACAGGUAUUGGGUACUCAGACCGGUUCAGCCGUGGUGGAAGUAGUGGCAGCUUAGGUGGCAGUGUGGAGGUGCCAGUCAAAUGACAGGUCAGCUUUGACUGUAAGAAGAUAUUAAGCGAGUUUGGUUUGUGUAUACCCUUUAAAAUUGGGGUAUAGUUAUAGUGGAGGCCUUUUAUUGUGUAUAUUUUUUAACCAUUAUAAUUUAUGGAGAUGAUUAAACUUAGUAUCCAAUAUUUUUUAUAUCUUCAAA